AUGCGGCGGCGAAUUGUGCCGCCUUUGGCUGUAUUGCUCAUAUUAUUGAGUAUAUCUUCUAUAGAAUCUGGAAAUAUCCAACCAAGAUGGUCAUGUUAUCAUCAUUAUCUUGCUGGAAUUCGAAAAUCUGCAGUUCUACCGAUUUCAGCUUCUGGCUCUGGAUCUGUUUCUAAUGUUAAAUGUAUUUUUGAGAAAAAUGGCAAUGUUAUUACUGAAAUACAUUCAGCUUUAGAAAAUAGUUAUCAACCGAUGUCGAAGAAAUCUGUCAAUUAUCAGUGAGUGAAUUAGAAAAUCUAGAUUUGUUUUUUUUUUGUUAGAGAGAAAAGCUUUAAAGAUUCAUUCAUUUUGACCCUCUUCAUAACUAUUGUUUCAGAGUGGCUGAUUUGUAUCAUCUUCGUGAACUCAUCGAUAAAUCGGAUUGUUCUCAAAAUCUCUCGAUUUUUUGGUCAAAUCAAACUGAAUUUGGACGUGGCUCGAUUUCUGUUGUUUCGCUGCUCAAUGUAACUACACAACUUGAUUUUAAUGGUCAACUUCUACAAGAGUAUUUGCUCGAUGGAAAAAUGGCUGGAGUUCGACAUAUGAUUCCGAAUCAAGAUAAUUAUGAAUUCAAUCCUUUUUUGGCUACAACUCGUUUAAUUUGCAAACCAAAAUCUAAGUGUAUUUUCAAUGGAGAAAUAGAAGGUGAUUUGAGUAGUUUGAGUUAUUCAUUUGCUUUUCGAACUGAUCAAACAAAUCAAACACUAUUCAAUUUGAAUUCGGAAGAUUUGAUGACAAAUUCAGUGAAAUUAGAAAAUGAUUAUUUUAUACGAAUUGGAAAUAAUGCACCAGUACCAAUUUAUCAAUUAUCUGAUUCAAAAUGGCAUACUGUAGCAGUUCGAAUUGGAGAUAAUGAACAAUUUUAUUUGAGAAUUGACAAUUCGGAUGAAAUUGAGAUGAAGAUUGAAGGUUCUACAAAGUAAGUUUUUAGUUCUAUUUUUUCAAAGACUUAAUUUCCAAAUUUUCAGAAAAAUGAGUCUUUUGAUAACUGUAACUGGUGAAAUUCAGUUAAUUGAUCCAGUUGAUGCAGAAAGAUGUAACAAUUCUGAAGAUACAACAUUCAAAUCUGAGUGAGUUUUAUUGCAAAUAAGAUUUUUAAUGAUAACUGUAUAUUCAGAACUGUUCGUAGUUCAAAUUUGUGUGAAGGUUGUGGAUGUGGAAUACUUUCUGAAAGAUUUGAUGGAUUAAGUAGAUGUUUUGAUGAUUCAGAUGGUUCAUUUACAAUUCGAAGAGAUAUUGAACGUCUUUCUUUUCUUCAUGUUGAUAAUGCAUUUGAUAUUAAUUUAAGUGGAGCAGCAAUUCCAAGUUUAUCUGCAACUUUUAAAUCAGAUUCUGAUGCUGGAUUAGUUUUAUUUGGAUAUUGGCAAAAUUCAAAAAUGAAAGGAAGACUUCAAGUUUAUUAUCAUUUUGAUUUGAUAUCAGCUGUUUAUUGUGAACAUAACAGCGAUGAAGAAGAAUGUUAUGGUUGUUCGAUUCGAGAUUCAAGUGGUUUUGGAAGAGAUCAAUGGAUACAAACAAUAUUAUGGGGUGGUGGAGAAUUGAUGUAUUUGGGAGUUGAUACUAAAAUAUGCCAAUUACAAGCAACAUCAAAUGUAAGUCUUUCGGAUGUUUAUUCUGUUCCAAGUUUGACACAUGGAUCUGGAUUAUUUAUUGGCGGAACUUGGCAUGAAAAAAAGAGAAGAGGAUUGUAUCGAGCAGAUGCUGAACAAAAAUAUUUUGAGAAUACACGAGAAAAAGCACCUGUUUUAAGAGUGAGUUCAAAUAUUUGGGUGAGAAAUGAAACAAUAAUUUAUUUGUGGUUUUUUUUAGGGAUGUGUCAAAGAUGUUUUCGUUCGAGGUACAAAAGUCGAUUUGAAUUCGAUAUUUUCAAGUCAAAGAGAUUAUAUGCUAAUAGAAACUGCUGAUUCGAGUGCAUUUGCAGUUAAAGUAAGUUUUUAAUGAAAAAAAAACUAAUCAGAAAAUUUUGGAUUGUUACUGAGAUUUUUCAAAUAUUUCUUAUUUUCUAUUUUCAGCCUGGUUGUUCUGAAUGUGAACCAAAUUGCGAUUCAAAUGUUCGUUGUCGAUCACGAACUCCUCUUGCAAGUUCGCCAUUGAUUUGUGAUUGUUCCGAUGUUUUACAAUUCAAUAAUUCAUAUGGAUUUUGCCAGAAAAAAUUGGAUGUAAAGCCAGUUGUAUUAUCUACCAAAUUUUUAUCACAAAAACAAAUAAUUGUGGAUGUUCAAAAUACAAAAGCCGUUUUGAGCAAAGUUUGGUUGAAAUUUUCGCUACCAAAAAUUAUAAAUGAGCCACAGAUUAUUGCUGAAUUCAAUUCGCAUAGAGAAACAUUGUAAGUUAUUUUUUUGAAGUUUUGAUUUUCUAAUAUAAUUCGGAAAAUUUAGAUUUAAUAUCAAAGUUGAUAAUGAAGGAACUGUUCAAGUUCAAUUACACGGACAAGAAGAUGAUCCAAAUGCAGCGAGAAAAUUAUCUUUAUUAGAUGAUCGUGUUCAUUUAUUGAAAUUGGAAAGAAGAACUCCAAUUGGAACUAGACAUAAUGCCAAAAAAUACGAUUUAUAUGUGAGUUUUUCUUUAUUUUCCUAAUUUUUCAAAAAAUAGUUUUUUUUAGAUUGAUGGUUGGCAUUCAAUUGUAUCAGAUAUUGGAAAAUUGAAUCUGAAUAAUAUAAGUGUUUUAGCAAUAGAUGAUCAAGAUGAAUUGAAUUCAGUAAUUAUUCAUGAUUUCGGAUUGGGAUAUGAAUAUGAUGAACAUUUUGCGAUUCUUCAUUCUUCUAAUAAUAUUCAUCAAAUUGAUAUUCAUUCAAAAAUUUUCUCAUAUCAAUUCCUUCAACCUGAUUUAUCGAAAACUGGAGUUUUUGAUGAUUCUCUUUGGGAAACACCAAUCGAAGAAAAUCAAUCAAAUCCUUUGGAAUCUUCACCUUAUGGACAGGUUGUUGAUUUCACUGCUGAUAUUAUUGAACCUGAACAAUUAUGUGAGUUUUUCUGUGUUUUUUUGAAAAAUGUUUAUAAUUUUGUUUCAGUAUCUGCUCGGUGGAUUUUAUACUCACUUUUCUUGACAAUUUUAUUAUGUCUACUCAUUUUGAUUUGCAUUGUUUGUUAUGUUUGUCUCAUUCGAAAAAGAUCGCUUAGUGAUGCUGGUUAGUUUUUGAGGGAAUUUUUAGAAUCAGGGAAGGUUCUAUGAGAAAUUAAACUGUAAACUUCAAAAUGGUAAAAUCGAUUCAUCAACUCAAAUGGCGAAAAAAUGAUAUGAUUUUGUAAAUCGAAACUAUUUUUGGAAUUAUACGAGAAUAUUUUUCAGGAAAUUCCAAAUUUCACGUGGCCUUGAAUUACUGUAGUUGAAAUAUUUGAUAAAAGUAUAAGAAGUCAGAAUAAGGGGCAUUGAACAGGGAGAAAUUAUAACAAUUUAAUUUUGCAGGAUCUCAACGUACAAUAAUGCGAGAUAGUCCAGAUUAUGGUCCAGUCAAACUAAGAACUGGAAGCAUUGGUGGUUUAUCUCUUGAUGAUGAUACUUCAAUUGGAACCGAUGAUACAGAUCUUCAAGCAUAUCGUGAUAUUCCUUCACAUCGUGUCAAAAUCUAUCGCGAAUCAAUGGUUUCAAUUCUAGUUCCAUCAAUCGAUCAACCAGCUGAAGCUGCAAUUGUUAAAAGGCCAUCUUCAAGUGUUUCGGCAGAUGCAAAACUAUCUGAUACUCAUGCUCCUUUAGUCAAAGUUAAUGACGAUUAA